GCACCCUUAUCUUGCGCGGUCAUCACUCGUUCUAGCUGUGAUUUGAGCCUUGGGUGUUGUCUUGAAGUCAAACUCUAACGGACAAACAACAAAAUAAGGAAGUACUUCGAACUCUACGCUAAUUAUGGCGACCGCAGGGGCCUCAUCCCCUGCCAAGACACAGUUCCACUGCCUGCCAAGGACACCUAACGGCUACCACCGAGCUGGCGUCAGCAUAAGCCGCGUCAGGAUGUCCCUGCCAUCAACCAACCUCGAAGUCUGAUCCAACGUCGUUGAACGAGCCAGACUCGCACCAAUUCACCUCUUGUCAACUGCUCUUUCGUUAUUACCGCGUCUUUCUUGAAUGAGACCUCGCGUGUCUCUAUUAGCGUAGUUCAGCGCUGCGGCGCCCUUCCCCGCCCCCACCAGUGCGAAACUCCCGUCGGUAUCCUCGUCGGCUUCGAACCUUUGAACCGCUGGUUACAGCGCCAAAAUGCAUCCACAGACCUCGUCACGGAGCCUCCUGCUGCUUGCGAUAGCUGCCUUCGCAAGCGUAUCAUCUGCUGAGGAUGCAACUGCAACCACAGUCACGUCGUCGACAACAUCGGCAGCAACGCCGUGCGUCGCAACCGCAACAAACGGCAACUUCUUUGAUUUGCGACCAGACAUGGCGAUCUAUGUGGCCGAGGGGGAGAAGCCCCCAUCCAAGGGGUCGCCCACCGAAGACUAUUUGGCCAGGGGCUGGGACUACGGAUCGAACUUUACACUCAAUAUCUGCAACGCCGUCGUGAAGAAGGUGGAGGAUGUCGUGGGCGUGGAAAAGGCACUUUGGCAGAACGUGAGCGCAUAUUACGAAUCUAAGGGAAAGGUUUACUCGCUCGGCCAACAAUCAGGCAAGCUCACCCCGCGAGGCCGCAAGCUCGUUCUCCAAUACACAGGCGGUUCACCAUGUGGCGCGGUCUCGGGUGAGAGCAUAGACAAGCGCUCGGGCGCCGUCCACGCCGGCGCAAGAUACAAGUACCACGAAUUCGACGAUCAAGAAGCCGAAGCCGAAGCCUACGAAACCAGGCGGAUAAAAACCACCGAUCAUGACGACAACAACGAUAAGGAGACGGACAAGGAGAAGGACAAGGACAAGCAAAAGCAAAAGGAGAAAGAAAAGACCACCCGCCGCAAAUCAGCAACCAUCUCCUUCCUCUGUGACCGGGACCCGGACACCCCAACCGCAGCGUCCUUUGUGGGCACCGACCCGGACGAAUGCGCAUACUUCUUCGAGGUGCGCUCGCAGCACGCCUGUCCCGGGGCCGAGCCGCACAAGCCGGGAAGUGUCGGUCCCGGAAGCGUCUUUGCCAUCAUCUUCUUCAUCGCCGUCCUGGUGUACGUGGUGGGCGGCAUCUUUUACCAGCGCACCGUCGCGCAUGCCCGCGGGUGGCGGCAGUUGCCGAAUUACAGCCUGUGGGCAGGUAUUUGGAGUUUUGUUAAGGAUAUGCUCAUCAUUCUUACGUCGUCGUGCUCUCGGAUUGUUCCUAGACGUCGGGGCUAUCAUACGCUAUCGGGUUCUCCUAAUGGGAGGCACCGGAACCGGGAUGAUGAGAAUCGGCUAAUCGAUCAGCUUGAUGAAGAGUGGGAUGAUUGAUGUCUGGUUUAGGGUGGGAUUCUGUUGUUUUGCUGUACUCUGUCCUUGAAACACGGAAUGUCUCUAGUAACUUUCAGAAUGUGUUUAUUAUGUAUCUGAUUCAAUGUUCAGCUGGAAGUAAGUCAUGUCUCGUUCACCGCAGCUGGGCCGUUGCGGGCUGGACUGGCGUUUUCGGACAGCGCCGCAGUGAGGCAUCAAUGUAGGCUUAUUCUCAGGGGAUAUAGAUGGCUUGUCGGCAGGAAAGCUGGCAAUUGGAUCAUAGACCAAUCUUGUUAUAGAUCUGUACUUAGGAACCUACCUUGCUCUCUGUCG